GUUUUGUCCCAGCGCGCGCCUCGUCCCCAUUAGCGGCGAGGCUAAGCUACCCGUAUCCGCGGUGUUGGUGUAGUCGAGGCGGACGCAGAGCGACCAGGAUCUCCGCUAAACACACCGAGCAUACAGCGCGUAGACAUGUCGGACUCUGUGGAGCGGCCGAUGGAGGCGGAGCCUCUGAAAGGUGAUCAGGCGGACGGAGUCUGUAAGGAUCGCGCUGCAGGCUGCGGUAAACUGGGCAUGAAUAAACUCACCGGCUGGCGCACAGCCGCCUUCCUCCUGUCUCUCUUCCUCUGCCUCACCGUCGUCUUCGCCUUCUCCUUCAUCCUGCCCUGCCCCGUCCGCCCGCAGUACCUGCGCACCUGGAACCGCACCCUACCUAACGCAGCUACCUAUGAUUUCCUGGCCAUGGGGGACGCCAACAAAGACAAAGUGCAGGACGUGCUCUUCAUCUAUAAGAGCUCGGAGGGCAGCAUGAACCACACCUGCUCUGGAGAAGGUCUGCCCUCCCCGUGUCUGUUCCUGCUGGCGGUCGAUGGUACCGAUGGUAGGACGCUGUGGGAACGGCCGUUAGCUGCUGAACUGAGUUGGGUGGAGUGCGGAGUUGGAGGAAUAAAUAGAAAAACUUGUCUGGUGGCUCAUGCUGACAAUUUCACAGCCGUGGACAUGCACACAGGUGUCGUUGUGUGGCAGCGUCAGCGCUCUCCGGUUAUUAACGGAAACCUCCCAGUGAUCAUCAUGCCUGAUCUGGACAAAGACGGAACCGAGGACAUCGCUGUGUUAUCAUAUAACCGUCCAGCGCUGCCUCACACACCUAUACCGACUGAGAUGGUGAUUUUCUCGGGUAAAUCGGGUGACAUGAUUGGUUCGAAGGUAGAUGUAGAUUCAGGAGAGACACGGGCACACCUGCAGUUUACCACGGCCAGCGGAGCUCAGUACAUACUGUUGCACACAGACACAGGCCUGUAUGCGGUGGGUUUGUGGCGUUUAGCUGAAAUGGCUGGGGCUGGUCUGGAGUCUUAUCUGAAGAAAGAAAAAAGCUGGGAGGAAAAAGCCACACCCACUGGACUGAUCCCACUGCAUGAGUCGGUGUCUUUGCUGAAGGUGUUAUUGGUUAAAGGUUCAGGAGGCCCCUCCCCUUCACUGCUGCUCCUCACACCCUCCACUGUGACCCUGUUCAACACACACACUCGCAGCAUCAGCUGGACGACAAACACCAGCACCCUGCUCAGUACUCCAUCGUUUGGUCGCUACAAUGAAGAUGAUGUUCCUGAUGUGGUGCUCGAGGAGGACCAGGGAAAUACGACCAAGAGUGUGCUGAUUCUGGACGGUAAGACGGGCCGUGAGCUGUGGAAGGCGGGUUUACUGUUUUGGCCUCAGAGCCCCAGAUCUGCGUCUGUUCUCACACUGAACUCCUACUCUGUGUUCAUGCUGUGGGGAGAGAGACUCACACACAACAACGAGACGAGCUCUGCUGUUGAGGAACAUUCCUCAUACCUGCUGCACCCUCAUCACCCUCAGGUUCUGCUGGAGAGAAGAAAUCCCACACAGCACAUAAGGUCGUUUAAAGCGGUUCUGUUGGAGCGUGGUCGCCAUGCCUGCUACCUUGUCCUGAGCGGCGCUGAAGGUGCACAGAUGGAAGAGGCGGGGCUUGCAGGGGCGGGGCCUGUGGUGCUGACGAAGCGGAAGAUAAAGGACGACGUGGAGGAGAGCAGCGUGCUGGGAGUGGGCAAGGCAGAGGGCGAGCCCAUCCCCAGAGAUAAGGAGGAGUCAGUGAAGGAGGCGUUUCAUAGGCUGAGAUUCAGUGAUGAGAUCAAGUAACUCCUGAGCCCAAUAAACUCCCUCCAUCCGCAGCGCUAAUCCAGUUCCGUAUUAGCAUAUUAGAGCGAUAGUUUGGCUAAAACCUAAGUUCCCCUGCUUAUUCCAGAGGUAGUCCAUCAAACCGAGACGUGUUUGGUGUCUGAAGUUUGCUUCUUUAGUUUUAACACAGGAGCUAUGAGGCUAAUGUAGCUAACGAGUAAUGGAAGCUUAUAUCCCACCAAUUAGCAUGGCGCCUAAAUCAUCACGUACUCGCCUCAAAUCAUGUUGAGUUGCUGUAAUCUAAAAUAGCAUUGAUUGUUGAAAAAAAUGGAAAAAAAAGGGGAAAAAUACAAAUUUAGGCUUCAAGAUGCCCUUUUUUUUCACACUUUUGUUCAUUUUUAUAGACUGCGUUUGGGAUAAGGGGAUUUUUUCUUUCUUUUUUGCUCUAAAAAAAAAUAUCGCGUUAAAAUUUCAAGCAGGAAUGUCUGCCGUUUUAACAGAACCCCUUAAAAUAACAAUAUAUUCACUAAAACAUUCAGUAUUUACAUUUUUCAUGAUUGUUUUCUGUUGUAAAGCUACUCCUGACUUGAGCUUUCCGUUUAGAUGAGCAGUGCAAAACAACACUACACAAGUUUGGUGGUGACUUUAACAUUUAUACACUAAAUCCUGGUCCCUGCACUCCAAUCAGAGUCUGUAGUGACGCACAGAGUCAGAAUGCUGUUAUUUUGCAGGGAGGAAUGCGUAGUUUACUCCUGUGCAAAGUGCCUUUUAUGGAAUGCUGCAUGAUCCAGACACGACGAUCAUAAACUUCAGCUCCAAAGAAGAGAAAAAAAA